ACAACACUCGUCGCUGCUCGGCCAAAUAGGUGAGGCACCUGCGGGCCCAAAAACAAAAGAAUCAGUAUGAAUAGUUUAGCAGGUGGAACAAGCUGCCAUCGAUUUAACGACAAACACAUCAAAUACGACAUCGAAGGAGACCAAGGCAUGCAGAGAGUAGGAUUAGGAUUCAAGGCAGCCGCUGUCUGCUUGUGGCUGGGCCUGAUCCUUGGCAUCAUUGGAUCGGGUUCGGUGCUGGCCCAGGAGAAUGCACAGCUGCAGAUACCGCCAUCGCUGAUCGAAUGCUAUAAUUCCUCGUACUUUAUGAAUCGUGACAAUCGACUGCCGGCCAACAUGGACACGCUAAUCUCACUGAUCGAGAAGGUGGAGCAGAGCUAUGCGGCGACUGGUUACCAGGUGGACAUACGAACCGUAUCCGUUGCACUCCUGCACCGAUUCCGCCAGGAUGGCAUUAAGCGGGCACCAGGCGUGAAUGCCGUUCAGGGUGUUAUCCCGUACAGUCCAACAGGCUUUCAGUUUCCCAAGUUACGGAUUCUGCUCUCCCGGCUGCUGCCGGGCAAUGCGAAUAAUUUCCCAAACAGUUCGUUGACCAGCACAGAGCGUUGUUCGAUCCACUUUAUGCUGUCCAGUACGUUCGACACACGCCAGCGUGGAGAUGAGAACACGGUCUGUGGUCAGUUGUCACAGUAUCGGUCUCAGCGCUUGCCACGUGCCCUGAGCAGGGGCAAUAACUUUGUCGGGGAUGCCGAGUGGCUGAGUGACACUCGUCCGAAAAGGGCCAACUAUGUGCAGCAGAAGGGCUCACAGGCUCUUGACUACGACUCCGAUUGGGCGUACGCUGGAAAUGAGGGCGGCACUAGUCAGUGUCCCGUCGAGGAUGGCGUUGUGCGCACCCCUUGGGGAACUGUCUCGGCGGGCACUCUGAUUGCAGGUGUCGCCACCGGCUUGCAACAGCAAAAUGUACCGUUGAACACGCUGCUCCAGUUGGCCACACAACGUCGUGGUGCUGGUGGUGGUGGUGGACGCACUCAAUCCCAGACAACGGCGUCGUCGGUGGACAAUCGUUGGGCGGCGACUCUGGCUGGUGAUUUGGCCGAGGUGACGCUCGUCCAGGUGCCCGUCUCCGUUAAUAAUGUGGCCACAGUUGGUGCCACCGGGGGCUGGAAUGAUACCGUUCUGCCGCACUGGUAUUUCCUGUCACAACGCAACAAUUUGGAGGCAACCGAUGCAGAGAUUCGUGGUGGUCUCGAUGGCCUCAUCAUUGCCAUGAAUGUGCAGCAGUGGCGCACACAAGCCUCCGGCCUGAAGCUGUCCCAGCUGCUGCGCAUGUACUACUCGGCGACGGGUGUGCUCAGCUCGGGGAUUCAGGCGUGCAGUCGCCAACAGCAGUUCCCCAAUGUAGCACCCUCUCAGCAGAUGCAGCUGCAAACGAGCGCCUUUGCCCAGGUCCUCGAUCGCGAGAUGCAACUGAAGGUCACCCUUGAGCCAGCCGCCAUCGCAGAGUUCGCCAAUACAGCCUCCCUCUCACUGGUCACCUAUGUCCCGCAAUCCUUGAACGAUGUCUCCUGCACGGCCAGCAAUAAUCAGGAUCUAUCCGACAUCAUUACGCCCAUGACUAAUUUGUACGUCUUUAUGGACACCACCUGGCAGUAUAGCACCAUUGUGGACUAUCUAGCCUACAUCCUGCAGCAGCUGAAUAUUCAUCCACAUGCCAGCUCGGUGACGAUGCUCUCCGCCUACGAUGGUUCAAUCAUUGUGAAUACCACCAACUUGAUCACCGACUUUUAUCAGCAGUGGAAUUAUACAAUACAGUCGCAGCUGCAACAGGGCUUCAAUCUGCCGAAUGUGUUGCGCAGCAUUCAGAAUCUUACCCAGACUCUGUUGAAUGAGGAGCAGACCAACUCCUCCGUUAGCGGUCGUUCCCUGGUGGCUCUGAUCAUGCCCAAUCAGGCGAAUGUCAACGAUGGCGACUCCAACUAUGUCACAACUCAGUUGCAGUAUAUCUACGAGCAGAUACCCGAUCUACGCUUCAUCUACUAUGGCGGUGGCAGCAUUCAGCGCUUCAGCAAUUUUGUGCGCGAUAGUGCCAAGGAUCUGUUCCCUCUGAUGACGGGCAGCACGGUGGCCACCUCGGCAGGUCCAGUUGCCAGGCGUAUCGCGCUUAUACCUCGUCGCAUCAUCAAUCCGCGCUGUGGCUCCGCAUGGUAUACGAAUAGCUGGGGCACGGAUCAGAUGUAUCAGUAUAUUCGCCCUGGCACCGCCAACUUCUAUCGGGUAGCGCCCAACUAUUUCUUUGGCAGCGGCGCAAAUCGAGUGGUGACCAUUCAGUCCCAGAACGGUGGUAGCUUCACAGUCUGCUCCUCGCGCACCUACGAGUGGCCCCAGCAGAACUCAACCGCCAACGGCAACGGUGGCGGCACCACCGGCACCAACAGUGGCUCCACAGCGGAUCAGAGCUGUGUGCAGAUCAGUGGCAACAGUUACUCGUACGAUCUGUCCAAUGCCUGCAAUGGCUACUACACCAUCACCCAGUGUCCUCCGCUCUAUUUGUCCGUCCAGCCGGGCACCACCAGCACCACAUCCUGCACCCAGGAUGAGUGCCAGACGCCCGAUCAGUGGCGCUACGUCGUCUCCGUUGUCAAUAUGGGCUGCUACAAUGGUGUCUCCGCUUUGACGGCCAGCUUCUUUACCCUUCUGCUGGCCCUGCUGCUGCAGCAAUCCUUGCAGUAAACUCUCCAAGUCAGAGUGAGCGAAAGAGACAGCAAGCGAGUGAGAGAGAGAGAGAGACAGAUGUGUGCAUUAGUAUUAGUUGCCGUCCCAGUUUAGACGAGUUCAAAUUACCAUCCCCCCUUCCCACCCCCUCCACCACAUUCCACACACAUUUGUCGUCUUAAAUUAUUAUUAUAAUGUUUUUUAUUUAAGUUGUAAGUUCCAGUGCAAAAUGAAGAAAAUUAAGUUGCAAAUAAAUUCCCCACUAGAACUAAACUGCA